AUGUCUUCGGCCCCCAAGUCCGAGAGGAAACCCCGCGUUGUUUGCCUCGGAAAACCCAAGUUUAUCGGGGAUGACUACCUUGAAGAGUUUCAAAAGGAUUUCGACUACGAUGCCCUAGACGUGACCAACCACCAGCAAGCCCUGGAGCAGCUCCCUCUCAUGAUCGCAGAGCAUGGCCCAAUCGAUGCAUUUGUCAUCCGCAUGGGAAGACCUCCCUUCCGCCCCUUCAACGAAGAGCUCUUCGGGCCGCUUACUCCGUACUGUCGCAUCAUCGCCUCGGCCUCGGCUGGCUACGACGACUUUGACCUCGACUGGUUGACCCGGAACAACAUCUACCUCUCCAACACCAUUGACGCCGUAGCGGAGGCCACCGCCGACAUGUCCUUCUUCUUGACUCUGGCCGUCAUCAGAGACGCUUACCGUGGUGAGCGAGAUGCCCGCAAUGGUACCUGGAAUCGUGUUGUAGUCCCGAGCAGAGAUCCGUCGGGUAUGACGCUUGGGAUCAUCGGCAUGGGCACCAUCGGCAAGUAUGUCGCAAGGCGGGCAGCCGUCUUCAACAUGAAGAUCAAGUAUUACAACCGACGACAACUCAGCGCAGAAGACGAGGCAAAGUACAGUGCGUCUUAUUGCUCGUCCUUGAAUGAGUUGCUGGCUGAAUCAGAUGUUGUGUCCGUCAACUGCCCUCUCAACAAAGAGACUACAAACUUGAUCUCGACAAAAGAGUUUUCCAUGAUGAAGGAUGGGGCUUUCAUUGUCAACACGGCCCGCGGCCCAAUAAUCAACGAGGAUGCUCUUAUCGAAGCUUUGGAGAGCGGUAAAAUCACGCGAGCUGGCCUGGACGUGUUUUUGGGCGAGCCAAACAUCAAUGACUACUUCAAAACGAGCGACAAGGUAGUGAUCCAGCCGCACAUUGCGGGUUUGACGGAUCUGUCGUUCCAGAAGGGCGAAAGGGAGGCAUUUGAUAACAUCAAAGCAUUGUUCAAGACUGGAAAGCCGCUCUCGCCGGUUAACCAGAUAAACUCUUCGUAG